AUGCAGGUAAUCGCGAAUGGUAUUGUCGAGACGGUGGCCGAUGCUACAGCCUAUUUCCGCAGUACUCUGCUUUUCGCCAGUUAUCCCCGUAUCCAAAGUUUCGCAGAAAGUGACCUGACUGAUGACACAUGUAGGCGACUUCAGCCGGAGUGCUCUGCUGUCGCGUAUGACGUGCCUUUCAUAGCUGGGUCAGAGCCAGUUAAGUUCGAAUCCGGUACUUACUCAUCUGCCUUCACAGCUGUCUUCCAGAUACGCUUCACGUUCUGGGGCUUAUCUUUGUCUUUAUUAAUACAUUUAAAUUGA